CACAGCGUCCGCAGUGGCGACCGGACAGCUCCCAGGUGGCACCACGAGGGCUCCCCGACGGCGGGCGGGGGCAUCUCUGAGACCGAAGCAGGCAGGGUUUGAUCCCUGACAGCGCCACGCUCCCCUCAGCGCCUGGCGGCGAAACUGACAAGCGUUUUGCCUAGAGGGAUUCUCUAUGAUUUGAAUCUGAUUACCCUGAAAAGUAUUUACCAUCCUGAUUUUAGAGAUGGCAGGUUACCUGUGUCUCUCCGCGCUCCUCCUGGUGGCUCUGCCGACCCCCUACGCCAGCCUGCUCUCCGCCGGCUCCUCCCUGCGCUUCAUCGCCCUGGGGGACUGGGGCGGGGUGUCCAAUCCCCCCUUUCACACGGUGCGUGAGGUGGCCACAGCCAAGGAGAUGGGCCGUACGGUGGCAGCGUUGGGCGCGGACUUCAUCUUGUCCCUCGGCGACAACUUCUACUACAACGGGGUGCGGGAUGUCAACGACAAGAGGUUCCAGGACACCUUUGAGGCUGUGUUCAAGGCGCAGUCGCUGCGCAAGGUGCCGUGGUAUGUGGUGGCCGGGAACCACGACCACUCAGGGAACGUCUCGGCUCAGAUCGCCUACAGCAAGGUCUCCAAGCGCUGGAACUUCCCCAACUACUACUACAGCCUGAAGUUCAAGGUCCCCAAGAGCAACGCCACGGUGGCUCUCCUCAUGAUCGACACUGUCACCCUGUGUGGGAACUCGGACGACUUCCAGUCCCAGCAGCCCCAGCAGCCCCAGGACGUGGGGCUGGCCCGCAGCCAGCUGGCCUGGCUCCGCAAGCAGAUGGCUGCCUCCCAAGACGACUACCUGCUGGUGGCUGGCCACUACCCGGUGUGGUCGGUGGCCGAGCAUGGGCCCACCCAUUGCCUGGUGAAGCACCUGCAGCCACUGCUGCUCAAGUACAAGGCCACUGCCUACCUGUGCGGCCAUGAUCACAACCUGCAGUACCUGCAGGACAAGGCUGGCGUGGGCUACGUGCUGAGCGGGGCCGGCAACUUCAUGGAGAACUCACGGAAGCAUGAUCACAAGGUCCCCGAGGGCUACCUGCGCUUCUUCUACGCCGAGCCGGCGUCCCUGGGCGGCUUCGCCUACGUGGAGAUCGACAGCAAGGAGAUGAGUGUCACCUAUAUCGAGGCCAGCGGCAAGUCCCUCUACAAGACCUCCCUCCCCCGGAGGAGCCGCCUCUGAGACCCCCUCCCCACGUCCCCAUCUAGGAGGGUGCAGGAAGUAGGGGUUCAGAGCUCACUCCUCUUUCGUUUGGCUCUAAGGGAAACGCUGUGAGAGGCAUUGAAGCUGUCUGAUUUUUAAGGCUCCUGCAUCCGAUCUCUGGGGGAAUCCUCCCCUGGAGAACCCCCCCCCCCCCCCGCCCUGUUUAUUGCUUGAUCCUCUCUUCCCUCCUCAAUAGAUCAUUCCAGCCCCCUUUGACUCCCUCAAACCAAUGGUGGCUUUGGGGCCCUCCCCAUAGGUUUCUGUGUCCAGGACCCUUUGCAGAUGGGCCAGGGGAAUCAGAGUCUGUGCUCCCUUUCCCAUCCACACCACCCACGUCCCUGGUGAGACGUCCCCGUUUCUUUGCCUGCUGCACACACGCCUCCCCGCCCUGCUGCUCGGAGGGCCCAGGUCGUGGGUUUCCACUGAGAUAUCACUGGGUUGGUUGGGGCCCGUCUCCUGCCAUCUCCUCUCUCUAUCCCACUUCUAGGGGCAGCACAUGGCUGCUGUGGGAGAAGGGUGGGAAUACGCAAACCU